AUGUCGCUCACGCGCCAGUAUAAGAAGAGACCAAGUGCAGUGGAUUUGAAGCAGCAAAGAAUGGCUCAGGAGGACAAGUUGAGAUAUGACGAGCCGGUCGAGGUGUCUGGAUCGGACCAUGAUGUACCGCGGUGGAAUAAAGGAGCACCGUCUUUUGAGAACCGAGAACCGCGCUGUGCGCUGUGCUGCGACUACGAGACGGCUUAUGAGGCGUCGUUCUCGGACGUGCUAUUUCUCUGUCCCUCGUGCAACCAGAAGUAUCCGACGCAAUGA